AUGAGCUAUGUAGGAGAAGAAUCCCUUCAAGAAUGUCUAGAUCCUCGCAUUAAGGGUACUAUUUCUUAUCGUAAAGAUUUUGCCUAUAAAAAUGAUCUUUUAUUACAAUACAAUGCUCGAGUAAUUCAUUAUCCGGUGGCGUUUGUCCAUCCGAUAGAUGUAUUUGAUGUUCAAAGUGCUAUUAAAUGUGGUGCAAUGUUAAAUUUUACCGUUAUACCAAGAUCAGGUGGUCAUUCUGAUGAAAGUUAUAGUAUUGGAGAUAGAGAUUGUAUUUUAAUUGUUGAUCUUAGGUACAUGAGUAAGAUUAUCAUAGAUACAACCACACAAACUGCUAAAAUCGAAACUGGAAAUACUUUAAAUACAUUAUAUUAUAGUUUGAAUGAGCAUGUAUUUGCUUUUCCGAGUGGUGAAUGUUCUACAACUGGUGUUGCUGGCAUUAUUUUAGGUGGUGGACAUGGUUAUCUUAUGCGAAAAUUUGGAAUGUCAUGUGAUAAUAUCCUUGAUGCUCAAAUUGUUUUAGCAAAUGGAACAAUAGUUAAUCAUGCAAAAGAGUAUCCUGAACUUUUUUGGGCUCUUCGAGGUGCUGGAAAUGCUGGUUAUGGUAUUGUUACUACUUUAACUCUUAAGAUCUAUCCUAUCCCUAAGAUUGUAACUAGUAUGGUUUUAACUUAUGAUUUUUAUCAGACUCAAUUAGUAUAUUCGGUGAUUAAUAAAUUGGGAAACAGUUUUCAUCAAAAUUUAACUUUAAUGUUCGAUCAUCAAAAUGAUGUUCAAUUCGAAAUUCGUGGGUAUUAUCUAGGCUCUUUAAAGGAAGCAAAACCUCAUAUACAAAAACUUAUUGAUUUGGCUAAGCCUAAAAAUGAAUUAUAUGUUGAAGGUGAUUGGUAUAAUCGACUCGUUGUAAAUACGGUUGGGAAUAGGGGUCAUUAUAAAGAUAAGUCAUUUUAUAUUGGCUCAUCAGGACUAUCUUAUGAAGGUGUUGAAUAUUUAAUGGAAUUUAUGAAAAAUUUAAAACGUAAUUUCUUGAUAAGAACAAUGUUAGCUGGUGGAAGAGUUGACGAAAUUGGACGAAAUGAAACAGCAUUUGUUCACAGAGGUCUUUUGUAUAUGUUGCUUAUUGAAGUAACCUUAGAUGAGGAUAAUUAUGAAAUCCGUUUAAAAGAUUUAGAAAUUUUUUCUCGAGUCUUUCAAAAAAAUUAUACUAGUUUUGAAAGUUAUCAAAAUCAUAUUGAUAAAGAAUUAGAUAAUUGGCAAUGUCGAUAUUAUGCCGAGAAUUUUAGAAAACUAGUAGAAAUUAAACAGAAAUAUGAUCCUAAUAAUUUAUUUAAUUGGAGUCAAAGUAUACCUACUAGUAAUGAAAUUUUAUGUUAUUAG